ACUGUUAAAAGGAGUACGAUACGAUUCUCUAUUAACAACUGAGAAAAUACCAUUUGAUGUGGACUUGACAGAAUCUCGAAAGCCGAAUUUAAAGAGUAUUGGUACAGAUCAUGAAGUCCAGAUUUCUAUCAGGGACAAAAUUGAAAUUCAUGGCAGACAUUCUCAUGUAAAAAAUGCUAAACUUGAUGUCCAAUCAUUAUUAAUGGAAUACAAAGAGGCUGAUGAGGAAAUCAUUUUUAAAGACAUUGCACAAUGGUCUUACUUUGAUGAAAAUAAUCCAGAAAACAUAAGAAUGUUUAGUGACAAAGAAAAUGCCAUGCUUGAGAAAGCAUACUCACUGGGAAAAAGAUUCCUUAAUUUGAAGAAAAUAAAAUAUGAUAUUAAGAAAAUGUGUUUUCAACACGAAGGGAGGAAAUUUAAAAUGAAGAGAAAACAAAACCUAAGGUAUGAACCAAUCCCAGAUACAUGGUCACCAAUGGAAGAUGGGGAAUUAAUUAAAAUUGUUCCAGUCAAAAAUGGACCAGAAUAUGAUGACAUCCAGGCCACUUUCAGUCGGAAUUUGCCUUCCUAUCGUAUAAUCAAAAUUGAGAGAAUUCAAAAUAAAACAUUGUACCAGGGAUACCAAGCAUUGAAAAGAAAAUUUGAGGUAGAAAAUCCAAACAUUACAAAUGAAGUUGAUGGCCUUUGGCAUGGUACUGCUGAAGGAUCUAUUGAUGGAAUAAAUAAAUCAGGAUUCAACCGUAGCUAUUGUGGUAAAAACGCCACCGCAUUUGGGAAUGGAGUUUAUUUUGCCAGACGCAUCCGUUAUUCUGCAAAUGAUAAAUAUUCUGUUCCUGACGCUAACAAAACAAAGAGAAUAUACAAAUGCAGUGUUCUUGUGGGAAGAAUGAUGCAAGGACACCGGAGAUUAAAAGUUUUACAGGAUUCUUACAAUUCUGCUGUUGAUGAUAUUCAAAGACCCAGGAUUUAUGUUGUUUUCCAUGACUUUCAGGCAUAUCCUAAUUAUUUGAUUACAUUCUCUGUUUGAAAAUGAAGUCUUUCGUAACACUAAAACUAUUCAAAUUUGUAUACGCUGAAACUAUGCAGACUUGUCACACUAAAACUACAUGUAAUCAACAGUAUCUGACCUUGAUUGUUUUUGCACAAAAUAAUUAUGUGUGAGCAAAAUCCAUAUGGUUAAGUAACCAUGUCCUUCAUGAGCAUGUGCAAAAACUUUCAUGCCUGCAGUGACACAUUGAGUACAGACGUGGAGAGUGUGCUGUGUGACUUUCCUUUUUUGAGUGAAGAUAACUGAGAGCAUUGAGCAAAGAUACUCAAUCAAAUUCUGCCCAAAACUUGGUGAUACGCCAGCCCAAACUAUCGAGAAGAUUCAGGUGUUUGGAGAUGAUGCCAGGGGGAAAACACAAAUGAAGGAAUGGUUCAGCCAGUUCAAAGAUGGCUGCACCUCAGUGGACAGUGAGCCAUGAAUAUGCACCACAAGGUCAGACAAUUAACAAAGAAUACUACGUGGGUAUUCUUCAUCACCUUUGUGAAACUGUGUGACAAAAACAACCCGACCUGUGGGCAGCAAAGAACUGACAACUCCAACAUGACAAUGCACCCACUCCUUCUACCUACAUCGUCCAAGCAUCAAGCAAAACACACCACUUGUUCAUCAGGCUUCCUACUUCCCAGACUUGGCUCUGUGUGACUUUUCGCUGUUCCCAAAGCUCAAAAUAACAUUCAAAGAGGGAAGAUUUGAGUCAACAGAAGACAUUAAACAAAA